CCUAUAAAGUGCAGGAAGGUCCUGCAGCACAAUGCGCUAAUCACUGGGGAGAGAGAAAGGGAGAGGGAGAGAGGGAGAGAUAUCGCUGCCGGCUUCCUCUCACUUCCACCCCGGGACGCCGCCGCCAUGGCGGGGGACGGGUCCGACCAGCGCGCGCUGCAGUACGAGCAGACUCUGAUGUAUGGCCGCUACACCCAGGAGCUCGGGGUGUUCGCCAAAGAGGAGGCGGCCCGCCUGAGGGCCGGCGGGCCCCGGCGGUCGGUGGGCGAGCGGAGCCGGGCCCUCGACCUGCUGGAGUACGACAAGAGCCGCUGUGCCAAGUGCCGCAGGUCAGGGUACCCGUAUGCUCUGCCAGCUCCAGCCAAGGACUUUUUCUCCGUCUGCACCCUGCGCUGUCAGAAGUUCCUGAUCUCGCGGGUCGGGGAGGACUGGAUCUUCCUCAUCCUGCUGGGACUCCUCAUGGCGCUGGUCAGCUGGGUGGUGGACUUCUGCAUCGCCAUCUGUCUGCAAGCACAGAAGUGGAUGUACGGGGGUCUGGACAGCAACGUGUUCCUCCAGUAUCUGGCCUGGGUCACGUACCCCGUGGUGCUCAUCACCUUCUCCGCCGGCUUCACGCAGAUCCUCGCCCCUCAGGCUGUUGGCUCGGGGAUCCCGGAGAUGAAGACCAUCCUGAGGGGCGUCGUGCUGAAGGAGUACCUCACCUUCAAGACCUUCGUGGCCAAAGUCAUCGGCCUCACCUGCGCCCUGGGGAGCGGCAUGCCGCUGGGCAAGGAGGGUCCGUUCGUCCACAUCGCCAGCCUGUGCGCCGCCCUGCUCAGCAAGUUCAUGUCUCUGUUUGGAGGAAUCUACGAGAAUGAGUCGAGAAAUAUCGAGAUGCUGGCGGCGGCCUGCGCUGUGGGAGUGGGCUGCUGCUUCGCGGCCCCCAUAGGAGGUGUUUUGUUCAGCAUCGAAGUCACUUCCACGUUCUUCGCGGUGAGAAACUAUUGGAGAGGAUUCUUUGCUGCGACCUUCAGUGCCUUCAUCUUCAGAGUGCUGGCCGUGUUGAACAGAGACGAAGAAACCAUCACGGCCCUUUUUAAAACCCGGUUCCGGCUGGACUUCCCCUUUGACCUCCAGGAACUUCCUGCCUUCGCCGUCAUCGGCAUCGCCAGUGGUUUCGGGGGGGCUCUGUUCGUGUACCUGAACCGACUGAUCGUCCAGUUCAUCCGGAAGCAGAAGGCCAUCAACCGGUUCCUCAUGAAGAAGCGUCUGCUGUAUCCAGCUCUGGUCACUCUACUCGUCUCUACUCUCACUUUUCCGCCCGGCUUUGGACAAUUUAUGGCAGGAAAGCUGACCCAGAAGGAGUCUCUGGUGACGCUGCUCGACAACCGGACGUGGGCCAAGCAGGGCAUCGCCGAGGAGUUCGACUACAUCGGUCACUCCCAGGCCUGGCAGCACCCGCAGGUCAACGUCUUCGUCACCCUCGUCAUCUUCAUCGUCAUGAAGUUCUGGAUGUCGGCGCUGGCCACCACCAUCCCGGUGCCCUGCGGUGCCUUCAUGCCGGUGUUCGUCAUCGGGGCAGCCUUUGGCCGUCUGGUUGGAGAGAGCAUGGCCGCCUGGUUCCCAGAUGGCAUCAACACGGACGGCACCAUCUACCCCAUCGUCCCCGGAGGCUACGCCGUCGUGGGUGCGGCGGCCUUGGCGGGCGCGGUGACCCACACGGUGUCCACGGCGGUCAUCGUGUUCGAGCUGACCGGCCAGAUCUCCCACAUCCUGCCGGUGAUGAUCGCGGUGAUCCUUGCCAACGCCGUGGCGCAGUCGCUGCAGCCGUCGCUCUACGACUCCAUCAUCAGGAUCAAGAAGCUGCCCUACCUGCCGGAGCUGGGCUGGGGCCACCACGAGAAGUACAACAUCCGUGUGGAGGACAUCAUGGUGCGUGACGUGCGCUACAUCUCCCUGAGCUGCUGCUACAGAGACCUCCACAACAUCCUGCUGAGCGGAGCGCUGAAGACGCUGGCGCUGGUGGAGUCGGCCGAGUCCAUGAUCCUGCUGGGCUCCAUCGAGCGGGCCCAGCUCCAGGCGCUGCUCUCCCUCCAGCUGGGCCGGCCCCGGCGGCUGCAGUACAUCGGGGAGCGGGCGGCGGAGGAGAAGAAGCGCCUGUCGGUCGUGUCCAGCGCCGGCAGCGAGGACGGCGGCGGCGGCCUCCACCGGGCCAGUCAGGAGGUCCGCUUCCAGAUCUCCACUGAGGAGUCCUCCGUCACUCCGACCCCUCCAGUCCCUCAGAAGCCCCUCAAACCUGCACUGAAGAGACCCUCAGUGGUGGAGCGGCCCACGGAGACCCCCACCAUCCUCCCACAGGAUAAUUCGGGCAUUGCUUUAAAGAACCUGUUCUGUGCCAGUCCGGAGACAGAAGGCCUCGAGAACAACAACAACGUGGAGCGCCCCACGCCUCCUGAGCUCAGGAGGCCGUCCAAGCGAGUCCGGAUAUCCGUCGUGGAGCCGCCGCCCGCCUUCAAGAGUUUCCACGUGGACGACGCCGACAUGGAGGACGACAUGACCAUCAGAGAGAUUGCCGAGUGGGAGGAGCGUCAGCUCGACGAACAGGUCAACUUCAGCAACUGCAAGAUCGACCCCGCCCCCUUCCAGCUGGUGGAGCGCACGUCGCUGCACAAGACGCACACCAUCUUCUCCCUGCUGGGCCUGGACCACGCCUACGUCACCAGCAUCGGGCGCCUCAUCGGGGUGGUGUCCCUCAAAGAGCUCCGUAAAGCCAUCGAGGGCUCCGUGACGGCGAAGGGCGUGAAGGUGCGCCCCCCGCUGGCCAGCUUCAGGGACAGCGGCACCAGCAGCAGUGAGAACGAGGCCACCGAGCUGCACAAGCUGUGGGGCCACCACAAGAGCCUGUCGCUGCCCCGGGACCACACCCCCACCUCCGAGUCCGUCGAGAAGUCUCAGUGAGGGGGGGGGGGUCUGUUCUCCUCAUGUCCCUCCUCAUCUGCUCCUCUUUCCACUUCAUGGACCCGACCAGUGCUCCCAUUGAGGAGUCUUCCUGCUCUGACCCAGCCAGACGACCUGCUCUCGCCUCACAGCGGAGACAAUGUGCAUUUACAUAUUUUUGGGGGGAGGGGCCAGAAUCUUCUUUUUUUUAAUUUUUUAUAUAUAUAUUUAAAAAAGGGAUUGUUUUUAUUUUUUAUCUCGUGAGUUUCAGAUCAAAUCUUUUGAAUGAGUCUUCCACAGGAAGGACGAAGUGUGUGUGUGUGUGUGUGUGUGUGUGAAGCGGGAGGUAGCGACGUUUCUUACGCACACAUUUUUUAUUUAGUUUUAUUGCCCUCGGAACACAUUUCUCUCUAGCAGCUCGAGUCGCUCGGGGUUGAACUGGAAUUCGUCCACGGCGCCAUUUCUUUGUUUGUAAAUAUUACACUACCAGCACCAAACUCCAGGGGGCGCAUGCCCCCCAUGUGUCCAUUACACCCCCCCCCGACCCCCCCUUCAGAUAGCAUAAUGUAGACACGCCCCUUUCACCCCCUUCAAAUAACACAUUGUAGACACGCCCCUUUCACCCCCUUAAGAUAACAUAUUGUAGACACGCCCCUUUCACCCCCUUCAGAUAACACAUUGUAGACACGCCCCUUUCACCCCCCUUCAGAUAACAUAAUGUAGACACGCCCCUUUCACCCCCUUCAGAUAACACAUCGUAGACACGCCCCUUUCACCCCCUUCAGAUAACAUAAUGUAGACACGCCCCUUUCACCCCCUUCAGAUAACAUAUUGUAGACACGCCCCUUUCAUCCCCUUCAGAUAACACAUCGUAGACACGCCCCUUUCAUCCCCUUCAGAUAACAUAAUGUAGACACGCCCCUUUCACCCCCUUCAGAUAACACAUCGUUCACCAACAUAGACACGCCCCUUUCACCCGCUUCAGAAAGCAUAACGUAGACACGCCCCUUUCACCCCUUCAGAUAACAUAUUGUAGACACGCCCCUUUCACCCCUUCAGAUAACAUAGACACGCCCCUUUCACCCCCUUCGGAUAACAUAACGUAGACAUCAUUACCUAACUCGCUGUUCUCAUCAAUACCCCCCCCCCCCCCCCAGCUCUAUGACGUAAUGGUCCAGCUCAGCACACACACACACACACACAGAUGACGACAGAGCAGAACCUCCUGAUGAGCUUCAUAGGACACUGCAGUAGAGGAGGAGGAGGAGGAGAACCUCCUGAUGAAGAUCCACAUACCUCUGGGCCUGAAGGGCGGGCCGCGUCUGCACCUGGAGCAGGUGCAUGAUGGCCGGCGCCGGGUUGGCCUGUGGCCCCGCGGUCCGGGGGCCGUGAUGAUGUAUAAGUACUGAGUAUUUAAUAAUUCACGUUCCUCCGAGACGCUGCAGCAGCAACGCGUUGAUGUGUUUCCACUACUGACCUCCUGACCUCCUGUUGAGAGUCUUUUUGUUGGACCGAGGUCCAUCGACGCAUCGCACGGGCUUGAUUUUACAACAGGAAGUAGAAAUACACCCAGAAGAACAGCACGGCUUUGCAUGUCAGAGUGCAUGUGAGGGGUUUUAUUAUUAUGUAUUUAUACAUAUAUAUAUAUAUGAAUGUAUUUUAUAUAUAUAUAUACAUAUAUAAAUAUUUAUAUAUAUUUAUUUAUAAAUAUAUAUAGUUAAAUAUAUAUUUAACUAUAUAUAUGUAUUUAAAUAUAUAUAUAUAUAUAUAUGCUCAAAAUGUACCAAAAACAAAGCUUGACAGAAUGAAUCGUGAAUGUCGUUGAGUGUUUUAUGUAUUUUACUCUCAUCUCGUUUUAUACUUCGCUCUGAUCGUCUUCCAUCCGCACGUUGACAUUUAUUUCACUUGAUUUAUGAAAACUGGGGGGGGGGGGGGGGGGGCUUAGAUUAAUAUAUUUAACUUCACUCCUGUAAUAUAAAAUCCUAAUUUAACGUCUUAACGAAUCUUACAUUGUUGACUAUUCUCUUUUUUUAAAGAGAUUUUGUGGGGGGGGACUUUUUUUAAUAUCUAAUUAUUUUUCAACAUUUGAUGAUUUCAAAGAGAUAAUCUCUCUGUAUGUUUUAUUUUGUAUCUUUUGACAAGCUGAAAUUAUAUGUAACGGACAAAUAACACUAAUGGAGGGGGGGGGGCAUUGCACUGGCUGUGAGAUGGGGGGGGGGGUCUGUCUGGUGACAUGUUCAUUCCACAAGUGCCUUCAUGGACUCAUCUUCGUCAUUGUCUUCUCCAUGUGCACUUUUCACGCACAAACGUGUCACCGUAACCACGGCAACCACCUGUCACCGUCGUCAAGGCUCCGCCCCCUUCCUCCGUGACCGUCCGCCCCUCCUGAUGCUCACAGUAUUGAUCCGUCGAAGUCGUACAACAUGUUCCUUUGUCUUGGUGAUGAUGAUGAUGAUGAUGAUGAUGGUGAUGAUGACUCCUAGGUUAACGAUUCGUGCAAUAACUUUUUAAUUCCCUUUUAAUUCGUGACAUGGAUGAUGAGAUCUAUAAUAACAUUAUUUUUGUAAAGAAACCUGAAAAGUGUAAAAAGACAAAUAAAUGAAUUGUUUUGUAUAUCAGGGACAAAUAAACGAGAUUUAAGAGA